UGUGCUACCACCAGAGCUAUCUUUCUGCUCCUAAUGUGCGACCACCAGAGCUAUCUUUCUGCCCCUAAUGUGCUACCAUCAGAGCUAUCUUCCUGCCCCUAUUGUGCUACUACCAGAGCUAUCCUCCUGCCUGUAAUGUGUUACUACCAGAGCUAUCUUUAG